AUGGCGGUGGUGGAACUCGGUUGGACCACCCGUGCCGGCUACAUUGGUGACGCAAAGUGCACGCGGCAGUUCCCAUCCAUUCGCUGCAACGCUGAACCCACAGAGACCGGUCUCCCAUCGACGCUAAUGGCAGUGGAUGCCACGGGAGUGGAUAGUCUGCAGCCAAUGUGGACAUUGCAUGCACUCGAGCAGAGGAUGAGUCAGCACAUGGAGUACUUGCAGCACAUCAUGGGAAAACAGCUUCAGUGCUACGAGGAUGACCCGCUCAUGUUGGUGCUGCCUGAGAUCUGGCAUGACCGGUUUGACCUGAUGCGGAGCUUGUUUCGCGCUGUCUUGGAGUUGGGGUUUACCUCCGCAUUGUACUGCUGUCGACCGAGCGUGGCUUGGACGCUGGCUUCGGGUAGGACCUCCGCCGUUGUCUUGGAUGUUGGGCACAACCAAGCGACAACGACGGCUGUGUUGGAUGGCUAUGCGUUGCGGGGCUCGGUUGCCUCCAACAGCCUUGCAGGAAGUGCCGUCACACGGCGUCUGAAGGAGUUGCUAGAGAUGGAGCAGUUGGAAGCACUUGAGAGUGUGAGACAUUACCGCGUCUCAUCUAGUCGUCAGUGGGCCCUGGAGGACGUGUUGAAUGACAUUAAAAGGAUGGCCUGUUGCGUGUGUGUGGGGCGUCCGCCUCUUUUACAGAAGGAGGAGCCGUUGGUGUUGCGCGCCCCUGAUGGAAGUUCCGUCACUGUUUCAGCAGCGGCGCGGACAGAACCGUAUGAAAUGCUCUUCUUACCCCCAACGCCGUCUGGGGGUUCUCUGACAGACCUUCUUGUCUCAUGCAAGCAGAGUCUUGAUCCCGAGUGGCAACAGCAGGCUGUUCCACAUGUUGUUUGCGGUGGAACGGUACAGGCGCCUGGAUUUUGCGAACGGUUGAUAAAAGAGGUACAGAAAAUGGACUCAUGCUACUUUCGCUAUGAGAAGGAGGGUUCUUUCCACCUCUCGUGUGCGGUGGAUGGUGCCUGGACGGGCGCUUCACUGGCGGCGGCGAGCUCUUCUUUUGCGCCUUUCUGGGUAACGCGUGCUGACCUCGAAGAAGAGGGUGAUUCUGUACUCUAUCGCAAGUUACUCUAUUAG